AUGAUAGCGAAGUCCGUUCCGAGAAAGACCCGACUGACCGCCGGGUUCGUUGGAAGCAGAGCUGGUGGGGAAGUCAAGGAAUACAAGUUCGGCCCCAUGGAUGAAAGAAGGUAUCACGAAUUCUAUCGUCGCCAUCGGUUUGCUCACACGAAGAAGAAAGGUGGCUGGGAUGCCACGAGGCAUGCUGAGAUCCUUGCUGUGGGCACAGUACCAAACUUCACUGGCCUGGCACAGGCACCUCCACUAGCGGUGCCAUUCGUGCCCAAGUCCUUGCUGCUAAAGACAAAGCGUCAGCUCCUACCUUUCUCUUGGCGCUUGGAGGCCGUCUACAAUGCAACGGUGGAGAGGCUCCUGGACCAUACACGCAGGUGCUUGUCUGUCGAGUCGAUGGCAGCGCGUGUCUUGCGGAGCAUUGGGUUGUGGCCGACUCAGCGACCUCUUCGGCUGCUGUAUGUCACCUGCGGCUUUGGAUUUACUGGAGCAGGCGACGGAUGGCAGGGUCCCGUCAGCAUUGGCAUCUUUCUGGGCCUGCAAAGCUUGCUGAAGAGCGUUCCAGGCUCUCGCAUUGUCGAUGCGCCUGCCAUGGAGGUGAAUCCAAACUUUUGGCCCGGCGAUGCCGAACCGCGGUCGAGCUUUUGGUACCUUGCUGACGACCGCAUCGCCCGGAAGGAGGAGGAAACACUGCGCUUGAGGAUGUAUGGCUUUGGGUUCUCCUACGCCCGAAGGGUGCUUCCCGAGGCGCUCGCCGUCCGUGCAGAGCGGGACUCAGUCAGGCGGAGCCUGUUCCGUCGCGAAUUCGAUGGCAUCAUCUACGGGAAGGUUGGCCCCAACCAGGCCUGCGAUCCUCUGCCUUUCUUCAACGAGGUGCAAGCUGCCGGCUACCCUUACGAGCGCGUGGCCCUCAUCUACGGUGGGGACUUCGGCUUGGAGACAAAGUUGGUGGCCCAGCAUGCGCGCAUUUUUUCCGGUCAUGGCAUCAUCUUUUUCCGCGAGAUGAUUGCCCCACUGGACGACUUCCACUGGGUCUCCGCACGGGUCUACCCCAGAGCUUGCUACACUGAUCCAGCGUGGAAGCAGUUCUUUCACCUUUGGUAUCAGCGCUUGGAGUGCUGGGGGUGCCCUGAGAUUGAUGUGCCAGUGCGAGAGGAGCUGUGGGGGCAGCUUCGUCAGAUGGCUGCAGGCCGUCCUUGGCAAUCAGGACUUGGCGAAAUGGAGCUCUUGCCUCCUUGUUGGAGUGGCUUGGUACUUCUGGCAGUGCCAAUGCUGGCAGUAGAUGGGGAACUGCCAGCAAAGAAGCCCUCGUCCGAAGACCUCGAAGACAGAUGCGAGUUCUUCUACCUGCAGCUGCGCAAGGCACUUCCUUUCCUCAGCUUCCGAACGCGGCCGUGGCCGCGCUGGCGACGGCGGAGAGGUGCAGUGGCGUUUCGGGAAGCCUUCGGCAUCAGCCCCUGGGAGGUCAAGUCCUUCGUGGACUCCGCAUGCCGAGGGCAAGGCGGCCGCUGGCAGAGCUUCGGAGCUCGCGGAGGAAGGGUAUGGCGGGCAUGGGGAUGCCAGGAUGACGGGAGUGAUUUCUCGGUUCUUGACAUUGACAUAGGCCCAAAUCUCUUGAUUAACGCACGCGUGAAAGUCUUGGCAGGGCCAGAGCUGGCCAGCCUGACGUACCGGCCGCCGAGCAAGGAAGAGCGCGGUCAGCAGAGUCCCAACGAGUUCGGCUCCACCACAGAGGUAGAGCCUCCGCCCAAGGACGAAGCUGUGCGGGCGCACGAAUAUCGCGCAGCUGCCUUUGCCUCGGCUCCGAAUGUGCCAGUGGAAUCACCGGAAUCACAUGCAGCUUUGACGCACCCGUGGCCAACCUGCAGCUUUGAGCUCAACUGGUCCGACGAGUCCGUGCAGAGCGUGGAGGAGGCCGACGAUGACAAGAUGGACUUCACCAAUCCACGGACGCCUUUUCUUGGCCGAAAAGUUCCCCUGCAGAGUACCUACAACUCCUUCUGCGAUGAUCGGGGGUCACUUGUCGCGACCCCACCACCGCCAAAGCGGAACAAGAGGAAUCGCUCCGAAGUGCCUUUGGGAUCUUUGGAGACGAGCUCCAUCAUCAAGGCUCCGCCUAUGUUGCUGCCGUUUGACACCAAAGGUGUGCCAAGCGGACGAGGAGGUCUCUCGGACGAGGAGAUCCUCCUUCGCAGCAAAUUGCUGUACUUGGAUCCCCACCCUGCCAGACAAGAGAACGCGAAGGCGAUUUUCAAGCAAGGGUGGAAGCAGCCGGGCAAGACAGUGAUGAAAGACAACUUCACUACCUACCCGCACAGCAGGAGUGCAGAAAAGCGUCUUGGUGGAAGAAGUUACUUCCCAGUCGGCGAGAAGAACUGGCAUUCCUGCAAAUCUGACGCGGCCUUCAAUCAGGGCGUGCACCAGUGGCCGAGGCGGCCGCUGCAGGGCCCCUCCAACGGCCCUCAGAGAUGUCAGACGGCGCCAGGGAGUUUGAAGCCUGCUGCACGCUAUGGUGAAGGAACAUCAAAGCUUCUUGGCAAGCCGUGGAGAAGCUUGGAUGGAACCCUGCAUGAAAUCAUGCUGCAGCAGGGCCAACCCGUCGCCACGCUGGCUGAGUUGGAGGCUGCACUGUGCCUGGCAGAGCAGCAGAGUUUGGUGCCUCCUACGGAGAUUCGCCGGCGGUGGCAGACUUUGGCUGCCUCUGCCAUUUCCUGGUCGCUGGACUGCCUUACCGCAGCUGGCGAGAAGGAGUGGAUCUUCGACCAGGCUCUCCAGAUGCUGUGUACCGCGGAGAUCCUCACAAGGACCGAUGUGGCCGAAACCUUCGGCGCGAAGCUAGUGCCCAAUCGGCUUUUCCUCCGUGCUCUGAGCCUUACAGGCCUCGGUGGCUACUAUCAGCAGCGCGGCAAGCCCAGAGCCGCGGUCCGCUUCCUGGAGCAGGCAGUCGCCGGGCACGCCAAGUUUGCGCACCCUGCCGUGCUGCUGAACUUAUGCAGUGCCCACUUGCAGUUGCGGGAGCCUGGGCCAGCCCUUUCCUAUCUCUCGCAGGCAGUCCUCGCUCUGCGCAGUGCGGCCGGCCGCCUCUGUCCGCAGCAGGCCGCCGAGGUGGAUGCCUCUGCCACUGCAGCUACUGCAGCGGUUCUGGCCGUCCUGGGUCCUGCUGCAAACCCGGAGGACAUGUGCAGCGAAGUCGAUGUCCGGGUUCGCAAAAGCCUUUGGGUGGAGAUGGACCCGCUCGGCCGGGGUAUUGACCUUGGCGACGAGCAGCAGAGGCUUCGCGUCGAGCCCGGUGGGAGUCUCGAGACUCCCGAGGCCUCGCAGAGCAGCCUCGCGAGCCAGAGCAAGGAGGUUGGCAGGACAUCCCGUGUCAGAUACAGCGGACCUCGAAGAGGCCUAGGUCGGCACGGCCUUAUUAGCAAGGAGCAAGCGGCGUCCAGCAAGGAUGCCUUUCAGUACGAGGUGGAUGCGGCCGUCGUAAAGACACUCCUGGUAGCCAAGGUUCUCCUGUGGCCGUGGCCAGAGCUGGGGGAAGAGGUCAUCUCGGUGGCAGACGCGAGUGCAAAGAAGUUCUCACACGCGGCGAAUGCUGUUCCAGCCAGGGCUGCGCUGACGCAGAUGACUCGGAAACAGAACAAGACGAGUCUGGCAGCAGCGUGCUCUCAGAGGAUGACAUUUGACAAACCUUCACAAACUUAUCCUGUUCAGAAUCUCUACUGGCUACAUUUUCCUAAAGCGGGCACGAGUUUUAUUGCAACUCUAUGGAACUAUGCAUGUGGGCAGGGAAGGGAGCUGUUAGACUUGACAGUGAGUGAUUCAUAUGCUCCCAAAUGCCUACACUGUUAUGACUACGCUCUCAUGGAGCGUUAUCCGAAGGACGAGUACUGCAUGCAGGGUGUAUUGCACAAGCAAUUCACUACUGCACACCGGCCUGUCUCUAUGCAACAGAUACAAGGCCGCGCACUGCAUGUUGCAGCAAUGUUUCGUCAGCCAAGCCAGCGCAUUAUCUCGGCCAAGGCUGAUGGAUUACACGCCAAUGGCCUCUCCCCCGCCGGCUAUGCUGAGCUGCGCAGCAAAUGUGAACACGAAUCGACGGAGUGCUUCGCACGAUAUCCGGGCAUUGCGGGCUGCAUGACGCGCAUGCUGACUGGCAAGAAGUGCGCCGAAGACAGCAAAGACCGAACAGCCCCUUUCGAUGGCGGGCGGGCCCUGGUUGACGAAGCCAAAAAAGUCGUUGGCGAGCUGUCCUUUGUGGGACUGACAGAGCACUCUGGUCUGUUUGAGAAGCGAUGGAACGAGUCCGUGUGCCUCUUCCACCGCAUGUUUGGAGGCUCCAUCAAUCCCGCAGAAUUUAUGAACUUCCACCACAACCACCGGCAUGACGGCGCUCACCAUUAUGAAGAGGAUCGCCUGAACGGGUUCCGUGACGAGGCGGAUGAGGAGGUCUAUGCUGCAGCUCAGGAGCGUUUCGAGAGCCUUCUCCGAGAGAACGUGCCAAAAGGGCAGUCCGCCUGUGAUGGCUUGUCAGAGGCUUCUCGGGCUGAGUGUCGAUGCGAGGUCCAGAAGCAACAAUGUGGCUCGGUUCCGGAUGCUUCUCUGGACUGCGGGCACUGCCCGAAAAGAAGACAGCUCUUCCUGGGUGGAGACAAGGAACCAGAGUUAGAGGUGCAGCAGAGCCAGGACAUCGUCUCCGCGUACCGAAACGGCGAGGGACACGUGGGCCUCGAGGCCGCUUUGAAGAGCAUAGCGACCCCGGGGAUCGCGAAGCACGCGGCCAAGCUGAAGAAGGUUUGGCCCGAGUGGGGCAAGAUCGCCAGCGAAGCGCCGGUGCCAGGGGCGGGCCUGGUCCUCCGCGAAUGCCUACUGCUCACCUUCGUGCAUGCGGCAACCGCCUUGGCGCAGCUGAGCUCCAAGCGCUUGUACGACAUCUGGGUGGUGCCCCCUCUGCGUGAGGGCCUGGUCCUGGCGAUUGUGCUCUUCGGCUCGAAGCAUCCUUUGGCCCUGAGGCUCAUCCAUGCCUGCCAACGGGCGCAGGCGCCCGAGCAGCCGCCAGCACCUCCAGCACCGCCUCCGGAUCCUUCCCGUCUGGCCCGGCCCAGGCCGCGUGUGGACCCAAGCGAGCCAGCGAAGCUUCGGCCGAAGCCGCCAAAGACGGCCGUGAAAGUGAAAGCGAGGCCAAAGCGCCCGCAAACCAAAGGCCGCGUGCCAGCCUGGAACGCGGGCGCAGGGCUGCAGCCGGAAAAGGAGGAGAAGUUGCAUCCAGCGGGACAGGCCAGCAUGGGACUUCAGCUCGACAGAGUCGCCAUGUUCUUCCGAAGCCACCGAGCACAGGCGCCGGAUGCCGUGCUGGCUUUGGCUGGAGGAAGUGUAGCCGCCGUAGCGCUGAACAGUUUGCAUUUCUGGAACAGAAGGGACUGCUCUGAUCGCAGGAGCAGAAUACAUGCAGGCCCAGUCAGCCCGGAGACAUGGUAG